AUGAAUUUUGCGAGCGUUCCGGUAGAGUUCGCGCGAAUAUAUCGGAACUCGGCGAUCAGCUUGUCGGUAGCUUUGGCAGCAAUGACAGAAGUCGAUAGAGGCGAAGGGACAUUUGCGAGGUAAUCACCAUAUGCUGGUGAAAGUUGAAGCUUCAAGUCUGGAGAAUGUCAGCGAAAGGCUUGAGUGGAAGUCGAUAAGGUUAGCUUGCCAUCAAGGGUUUCGCAUUGUGUGAGGUUCGCA